GUAUUUCCAGCUUUGGUAUGGUGUAUUUAUUUAUUAGCAACGAGGAACAGAAAAGGCAUUGGUAUUACUAGGAGAGCUUGGCACAUAUCUCAUAUCUGAGACUAUGGCUUCAUCAUCUCCAUUUUUGGUGAUGCUCUCAAUGUGUUUGUUAAUUUGCUGCUCUGAAGCCAAACAGUAUGUGGUUGGAGGCACUGCAAAUUCCUGGAAGACUCCUCUCUCCUCACCAGAUUCUCUCAACCACUGGGCCAACUCUCACCAUUUCAAAAUCGGCGAUACUCUCGUAUUUAAAUACGAUGAGAGAACUGAGUCAGUGCAUGAAGUGAACAAGACAGACUACGAAAGGUGCAAUACGGUGGGGCAAGAACACGUGGUGUUCAACGAUGGUAACACCAAGGUCUUGCUUGCAAAAUCUGGAUUCAGACAUUUCAUAAGUGGAAAUCAGAGUCACUGCCGCAUGGGAUUAAAACUCAAAGUGGUUGUCCUCGUCACUGCCAAAACCAAAAAAAAUCCUACUUCUCAAACUCCUUCUCCUUCACCAUCACCUUCACCAUUGCCGCCGUCACCAUCGCCAUCGCCUUCACCACUUCCAAAUAAUCACGGUGUUAAUGGUCGUUCAAGCGGUGGAUUCAUUAUAAUGUGGUUGUUGGGGUUGAUGAUGUUACUGCUUUAAUUUCAGAGCAUAUUUCUGUCUUUGCAUGAUAAUGUUAUUAUAUUUACGAGUAGGUGAAGCAUUUUUAUUCUUGUUUUUCCAAGUGUGAAAGAUUUUCCUUUGGUGGGAAAAAGGUUGUUUGGUGAUUUUGAGAUUGAAUAAGUCAUUUGUAUUUUUAAAUGCACGUGCUGUCGCUCUUCCAAGUCUUUUUUGUUGCCAAAUAAGUUCUCUGCCUCUUGUUGUGUAUCUUACUAUUUUGCAUUAAUCAAAAUAAUUUCCACUUUU